AUGAACUCAAAGCCGCGCUCACAGAUAGGCAGAAUCGGCCAUGUGCCCGCACGAGCUCGGAACGCUGCACCAGUCGCGCCGACCAGUGACAACAAGGAAACAGCAAGGCAGGGCACAAGUGGCAUUGCGCGCCCUUCCUCUAGUAGAUUACAGUCAUUCCAGGGCGAUUCGGAGAACCGUCGCAGCUUACUUCCCCAGCCUGGCCAGCAUAGAUACAACACCCGCUCAAGUAUAUUACCUGAAGUACCUGAUAGAGACGCUGGAUCGGAAGAUGCGGGGGAUGACUUGAACGGGGCGCAAGAUCAGCCAGACACAAUAUCACCAACGCAAUCCGUUCAGGUUCCGGGUGCAGUACCAGGGCGACUUCGACCAAGAUCCACAUAUCAGACAGGCACUCCAUCAUCUCAGCGCACGGAAAGCGCUGAAAAGACAAGUGCUCCCCGGACGAUGCUGCCUCCGGCUUCAGUCAGCAAGCCUGCAGAGUCUCAAGUACGAGGGCUUGCCCGAUCGCAGUCUUUACGGAAGCCGGUUGCUACGUCGCAGUCAGCUCAGGCUUCAGGCCCUCCUGGUCAUUCCAGGACCCAGUCGACCAGUACCAUAUCAGCCCCUAGACGUGAUGUUGCUAGAUCGAACACGAUCUCCGAGCGGCCAAAGUCUCUUUUGUUAGCACCAACGCGUACCUCAAGGAAUAACAACACAUCUGGCGAUACCUUAUCUGGCCCAACACAGACAUCGAUACGGAAUGCAGGGCUCAGUCGCUCUGCUAGUACGAAAGCCAGGCCAGAGGCAUCCAGUGGCCUGCCGAGCACUCGUACGGUGCGCAGGGCCGAAGAGCCCGUUGGUGCUCAGUCAAAACGUAAAGACGUUGUGUCAGAAGAGUCGAAGAAGGCUAAUCGACCAGCUUUCAGCACGCUUCAACAGCACUUCACACCACGUAAGGUUGGGAAAGCUCCAACUGCCACAUUUAUCAACCCUGCACCUCAAACAGUGUUGCAAUCGCUUUCUCCAGAGGCGAUCAGUUUGCAAUCAGAACUGCUCCAACUUCAUCUUCUACAUCAAUCGUCAGCGGAGACUUAUAGAUGCUGGGAAAUCAGUGCGAAGCGCAAGAUGCACACGAAAUUUGAAGAGGUUGCUAGCCUUUAUCAAGUCAUGUUAGAGAGCGAACGUACAGUUCAGGAACAGAUGAAUCUGCAAUCCUUGCUGGAGUGGAGUGCUGGCGGCUCAUCUGCGGGCCUGGUUGAGUACAUCCAGGUUCUUUCGGAGCCCCUGCACGAACUGCCGUCGCUGGUCGAAUCGGGUGGUCGACUGCAGCGUCUGGUGAAAGAUUUUGAGCAUUGGUCGUUCUGGGUCCGGGAUAUUCGGUCCGCCCGACAAGGUCCCGAUGGAGCCAAGGCGGCUCUUGGGACAGUUGAAGGCCUUGGGGAUUCGUGGAAAGCCGAAAAUGCUGCGUUGACCAGGAAGUUAACAGCGUUUGCCCGCGACCUGGACAGGCUGGCUUUGCCAACACCCGGAUCAGGCAUUGCAUGUAUAGUCGAAGCAUGUAAAGCCAUUCUACACGGCAUCUUGGAUGAGCUGCAGACGAUGCAGAAGAUUGAAACUGAAGUGGUGUCACGCGAGAAAGAAUGGGUUGAGGAUCGUCUUCGACUGAUUGCCCGGGAUGUCGGGACACAGUGGGUGGACACUGAUGGGCAGAGUGCAGCUUGGCGCAUGUGA